AUGCCAGAGCCCGAUGGUUCUACAGGCAAGUGCUUUGAGAUGGUCGAGUACACGACGACGGAAUGUCAUAAGACUGCUGGGGGAUCUGUUCAACGUUUCUGCAAGUGCGAGGGCGACGACGCCGUCCAACCUCCGUGCCCCGGCAGUGACGUCGCGGAUCCCGUCACGGAUCCCGCUGCGGCGCCUGCGUGCGAGCGCCGGGGCAGUGGCUGCGAGAUCGAGUGCACGGAGAGCGACUUCUUAGCAGAGUGCGACGGCACAUCGUGUUGCGAGCUCUUCCAGCAGGCCCUCGUGGAGCUCGGCGCUGGCGGCGACAGCUCGGACCCCAGCGAGGAGGUCAGCUGCAGCAAGGUCCACGAGAUCAUGGCGAACGAGUGCAGUUCGUGUGCGGCGUGCGCGGCCCGGGAGGAGGAGGGCGGCGCGAGGCUCCUGAAGGACGGCCCGGUGUCGGCCAGGCGGGGGUCUUCAGGGGCCGCGGUAGCGGCCGCUCUCGCGGCCCUCGGAGCAGCUGCUGUCGCUGUGCUCGGAGUGGCCGCGGUGGCGCUCAGGCGCUGGGGCGCGGCCCAGGCGCCGGCCGACGCGGGCGAGGGUCCGGAUGAAGAGCUCCUGCCGGAGAAAGCCCCGGGGUCAAGUUCAACCGCGGAACGCUGA